AUGCAUUGGCAGAAAUACAAUAUCUCCUACUACAAAAUGGUUAAUGUCUUCAGAAAAUUCAAGGAGAAGAUUAUAAGUGAAGAAUUUAACUAUGAUAGAGAAGAAUUGAGAAGGGAGCAUGAAAAGUUGUUUCAGGGUCUUAAUGAGAAGCAAAGAAAAUUUUAUGAUGUUGUGAUUCACUCUGUAUAUAGUAAAACAGGAGGCUUAUACUUUCUAUAUGGAUAUGGUGGGAUAGGAAAAACUUAUGUUUGGAAGUCAAUUAUUACUAGACUUAGAUCUGAGGGGAAAAUAGUACUCGCAGUGGCAUCAUCGGGUAUUGCUGCUCUUCUUUUGCCUAGAGGGAGAACAGCACAUUCAAGAUUCCAGAUUCCAAUUAAAUUGAAAGAAACAUCUACAUGUGGUAUUAAACAAGGAACACCUGAAGCAAAUUUGUUAAAACAAACAGCUUUAAUACUUUGGGAUGAGGCACCAAUGAUGCAUAGACAUGCAUUUGAAGCAGUGGAUAGAACUUUGAAAGAUAUAUUGGGCAAAGAUAAUCCUACGUCGUCAGAGAAACCAUUUGGAGGUUUGACUAUGGUGCUUGGGGGUGAUUUUAGACAAAUUUUACCAGUUAUUCCAGGAGGAAGUAAACAUGAUAUUAUUCAUGCUUCCAUUAGCCGAUCCAAACUUUGGAGAGAAUGCAGAAUAUACAAAUUGACAGAGAAUAUGAGAAUUCAACAAAGUUCAUCAAAUGAGAACGAAAUGAGCACAGCAGAAUUUAGUAGAUGGGUUCUAAAUAUUGGAAAUGGAAGUGCUGAAGAAGAGUGUUGUGAAUUGCAAAAUAUAGAUGGAACUAUUGAUAUUCCACGCGAAUUUAUCCUUCAUCCAACUAAAAAUCCAGUUGAGGAUAUUAUUUCAUCUACCUACCCAAACAUAGAUGAAAACUUUCAAAACCCCACAAAUCUAGAAGAAAGAGCAAUAUUAACACCAAGGAAUGAAACUAUAGACAUUGUGAAUAAUACAAUCUUGGAAAAAAUUGAGGGACAAAUUUUAGUAUAUCUUAGUUCUGAUUCCCUUUGCCCAACAUCUCAUAAUAUGCAAGAAAAUGAGAUCAACUUUCCAACGGAGUACUUGAAUUCACCAAAAUUUCCAGGAAUACUAAACCACGAGAUAAAACUUAAAGUCGGGACAUCUGUCAUGCUUCUACGUAACUUGAGUCCAACUGAAGGGUUAUGCAACGGGACGCGGUUGAUCGUCACCCAAUUGCUAAAAUGGGUGAUUGAGGCCAAAAUUAUAAGUGGAAGCAACAUUGGAUCAAAACAUUUUAUCUCAAGAACCGUAACAACAAAUACGGAUUCAAAGUCGACAUUUCGCAUGAAAAGAAGACAAUUACCUAUUAGACUAUGUUAUGCAAUGACCAUAAAUAAAAGCCAGGGUCAAACACUACAACAUAUUGGUCUGUAUCUACCAAAACCCGUUUUCACACAUGGUCAACUAUAUGUUGCUAUUUCGAGAGUGACAUCACCAAAAGGUCUAAAAAUUCUCAUUAAAAAUAGUGAAAUGAACACUGAAAGUAUAACAGAGAAUGUAGUGUAUGGAGAAAUAUUCAACAACUUGUUUAAGUGGGAUGUUGAAUAUAAAUAUUUAAUGAAAUUAUAUGUGCAGGUGAAGGACAAGAAGGAUGGUAUGACACAAGUUCAAGUACUACAAGAAGACAACGACAAUAUCCCUAGGUACAAGUUCAACUAUAAACCAUUCAAUGAGCUUUAUAGAAUGAAAGGAAACAAGACUUAUUUGGCAGAUAUAAUUGGGUAUGUGAAAGAUAUAUAUCCCUUGGAGCAAACUAAACAUAGAAUGCACGGUUACUUUAUGGAACCAAAUUGCUACAAAUCUAGAGAGCGCACUGAUAGAACAAGAUCCAAACAACAUGGUUAUGGUGGCAAUAAUUCUGUGUCAUCAAGCACGACGGCCAAAAUCUACGUGAACAUACCUGAACAAAUAGUACUGGAAUUAUCUCAGAGGUACAUGGAGUCAGAAACACAGAUGCAGCUAAUAGAUACAUCAAUUAAUUACAAAUCAAAGCAGAAAUUUCUUAAAACACCAUCUGCAUCUUUGAGCAAUCUUAUUUUAUUCAAUGAUCCAGAAACUGCGGAGGAAUAUUUCUUUAUAUGCAAUGUGAGAAUCAAUACUAUAAUGGACAACCAAAAAUGGUGUUAUCGCGGAUGUCUGUUUGUGGAAAAUUUGAUGUAA